AUGAACAACUCAAUCUGGGUUAUUGUGGAUAGACUAACUAAGGUGGCACACUUACUCGCAGUCAGAGAUUCCGACAAGGUGGAAACCUUAGCCGAACUCUACAUCAACCAGAUAGUCAAGCUACACGGAGUGCCAGCAGACAUAGUGUCAGAUCGAGAUCCAAGAUUCACAGCAGCAUUUUGGAAGGCAUUACUAGGAGCAAUGGGAACGGAGCUCAACCUCAACACAACCUUUCAUCCAGAGACAGACGGUCAAACGGAGAGAACCAUACGUACACUGGAAGACAUGAUACGUAUGUGCAUACUUGACUGA